AUGCCCCUUGGCCCAUCCAACUCUUCUUGUCCUCAUCAUACGUCUUCUCGUCUUUCCUCUUCGUUCCCUCGAUCCGUCGACAACUCAGCCUCGUUUUCCAUCCUCGGCGGUCAGAUUCAAACCGAUCCCCAGCCUCCCGCCUCCCACCCUGCCGGCUAUUCCUCUUCUUCCUCCUCCCGAGACACGGCCGGCCCUGGGUCGGGCGGUAUAGAUAUCGAGAUGGAGCCAGUUCCAGGUCAUCGCCGGCGGAAGAGCAGUUUGAUGAAUCCGAUCGGCGGCCCCAGCAACAUUGGUAUUCCUCUGCCUGGAAGACCCAUAACGCGCAGCUCCCGAGCCAAUGGCACGUCCGACAUGCUGGAGGAACCGAAGGAACAUGGGGAAUCAAGCAAUCGACCAGGAGACUCUUCUUCCAGUAGAGAUGGCUCAGGUAGAGACAGUUUAAGCGAUGAGGAUGUACGUGACGAUGAAGAGAUGGGCUUGACGGGGGAAGACCGAGCCCAAAAGCAAAAGAAGCGCAGGAGAAAUACGUUGCUGGACAACAGAAUCGCCCGCGAGAAGAAUUUGUCAGCCGACGAGAAAAAAGAGGCCGAUCGCAAUGUCAUCAAGAGCUUGGUUAUCAACGGCGUCUUUAUACUACUGUGGUAUUUCUUUUCUCUGUCGAUAUCUCUGUACAACAAAUGGAUGUUCGACAAAGACCUUCUCAACUUUGCAUUUCCUCUCUUCACGACUGCUACGCACAUGCUAGUGCAAUUUGGCUUGUCGGCCUUGGUCCUGACAUUCGUACCAUCUCUGCGACCCCAAGUGGCACACAACUCCAAUGGGGAACGGUCAAGACACGAGUCUGACUCUCAAGGUUCUGUCAUGUCCAAGAUGUUUUAUCUCACUCGUAUUGGACCCUGCGGGGCCGCCACCAGCCUGGACAUUGGGCUCGGCAACACUUCCCUGAAGUUCAUCAGCCUGACAUUUUACACCAUGUGUAAAUCGUCUUCGCUCGCAUUUGUACUUAUUUUCGCCUUCGUCUUUCGCCUCGAAACUCCUACCUGGCGCCUCGUUGCCAUUAUAGCAGCCAUGACGCUGGGUGUCAUUCUCAUGGUGUUUGGGGAGGUCGAAUUCAAGCUUGGAGGUUUUGUCCUCGUGAUAUCUGCGGCUUUCUUCUCGGGUCUACGCUGGGCGCUGACGCAAAUCUUGCUUCUGCGGAAUGCGGCCACGUCCAAUCCAUUUUCCAGCAUCUUCUUCCUUUCUCCCGUCAUGUUUGCCGUCCUUUUUAUCCUCGCUAUUUUCGUUGAAGGCUUUGGUCCACUGUGGGACGGGCUUCGGGUUCUCACCGAGCAAUGGGGGUACAUCCGGACGCCGUUUUUCCUACUGUUUCCCGGCUGCAUUGCUUUUCUCAUGAUUGCAUCCGAGUUUGCGCUGCUUCAGCGCACGUCCGUUGUCACACUAUCAAUCGCAGGCAUAUUCAAAGAAGUCGUCACCAUUUCAGCCGCUUCCAUCGUAUUCGACGACAAGCUUACACCAGUCAACCUUGUUGGUCUCCUCACUACUAUUGCCGCCAUCGGCGCGUACAACUAUGUCAAGAUAACCAAGAUGCGCCAUGAUGCACAAACCAAAGUACACGAGCGGCAUACUGGUUCUGAUUCUGUUCCAGUGGUACCGAUAAGUCAAUAUGGAAGGGGUAGCGACGGUGAGAAUGACGACUUGGCAGAGGAGACUGCUGGUUUGCUGCUGCAGAAUUCAGAGCAGGAUCAGAGUUUUGUCACGCCUCAUCCACCUCACAGGCCGUCAAACUCGUGA